AUGGCUAGCUGCAACAUGGCGUCGGCCGCUUCAGGGUUCGUCUUCACACCUAACGUCACAACAACCUCAAAGACCAGCGGCAGCAGCUUCUUGUUCUUCGCACCCAAGAACAACAGCAGCAGCGGUUCCCGGCUGCAGCUCGUUGUUAGGGCGGCCGCGGACGAGGUAUUAUCAGUUACUAGUAUAACAUUUAUUCACCGAUAUCAGAUCUAUAUUAAUUACAUCGAUUACCAUAUCCAGGCUAUGAGUACCAGGUAUUAUCAUUGA